GCUCAAACAAAACCAAAGGGAGCCUACGCAACAGGAGAAGGCUGGGAGCUACAGAGCCUAGCUGGAGAGAAGACUCUUUGGGUAGCAAGCAAGAGCCCAGAACAUGCUUUUCUCCUUCUACGCUGCUCUUUGAACAGGCCUCACCAUAGUAUCUGAGUACCUCCCAGCCCAAUAGACUUCUAUAGGGAGGUCCCUGCUUGACCCCAUGGAGUCCUCUGCUCUGCUCCCUGCUCAGGUAUUGGGCAGCACCACCCAGGAGUCUCCCAGGGCUCUAUUCAUCUCCUCGAGCUCCGUCAUGUCGUGCUUCACCCAGCUAUGGCACUCCAGCACACCGGACUCUCCCACCAGCCCGGUCCCUGCAUCUCCACAUGAAAUCCCCAUUCCCAUCAGCCCUAUUGUUAUCACCUCUCCGGUGGACAGCAAGAGGAAAGCAAGGUCCCCAACCGACAAACCGGGCUCUCCAAACCCAACAUCCCCAAAGCCAGCCUCCCCCGUUGAAUGCUCCAUCUGCUUCAACACAUACGACAACACCUUUAAGACCCCCAAGCUGCUCCAAUGCUCGCAUGUUUUCUGCCUGGAGUGCGUGGCCCGCCUGAGCAAAGGGCUGCCCCCCAACCACCCCGAGGACCAGCUCCCCUGCCCCUUCUGCAGGCAGCUGACCAGCAUCCCCCUGGAAGGUGCCCCAGCCCUGGAGACCAGCAAGGAGCUGCUGGCCACUCUGCCCCCCGAGCUCCAGCAGGAGAAGGUGCUCUGGAUGGAAGGCACCAAGCUGUGCUGCCGGCAGGCCUCUGACGACCCCGAGAACCCAGACUCGUGCAUCUCCAUCGACGUUGCCAUGAGCAAACCCGAAAGCCCAGAGGUCCCCCCGACGGGGCUGGCAGGGAGGCUGUCCCGCUGUGACAUGUGUGACGACUGGAAGCGCAUCGUCCUGCUCUCUGCUCUCAUCAUCAUCCUCUUCUGCAUCAUCCUAUGGCCGGUGCAGUGCGCGCUGAAGACGGGGAACCUCCGCUGCUUCACGAGGACUGUUGCAAUGAGCAGGCCAGAAUAUCUCCCCUCGAAACACACCACAGCAGCCACGCCUGUGACACAGCUCCCAUUCCUGUAGCACCAGGCAUAACAUGGCACACCCCCGAAGAGCAUCCCUCGGUGUGCUUGCAGACCCCACGGUCCCCCCUCCUGUGCCCACACCUGGAUGCACACACUCACCUCCAGCAGCCCAGGAGUGCUCCCAGGAGCUGCCUCAGUUUCCUGCUGCCAAACUCCAUGGAAAGCUGAGUCUUCAAAGCUGCUGCAAAGGUGUGACGGGCGACAGAUGAGCUUCUAGGACUGUUUGCCCACAGGCUGAUAGCAGGUGACAGUGGCUGUAGCUCCUUCCGGCUCCCUUGGGGAAUAAAGGGCUAUCUUCAUGGUUAUUCCUAAGAGAAGCUGGGCUUGGGAAGGUAAGGACAUGUUGAAGCUGCAGAAGCAGAUGAAAAUUAACCUUAUUCCACAUGCUCAAAACAUUUCCGUUGUGGAUUCAGCACAGGAGGUGUGAAAUGCUGCCUCCUGCUGACAACACAUCGAUCCAUCCCUGCUCCUCACCUGAGCUGAGCACUGCUGAAUUUCCAACAGAAAAUAAAAGCCAUCCUAUUGCCGUUUUGUUUUUCUCCCUAAGAAGGUGCUUAAAAAAGAGUAAUCACUCAUCCUUAACCUGGAAAGGAG